UACGCGGAACCAAACAGUUGAUUGGUGCAUUUGCAAAAAACCGGCAGAAGACAAAAGUGGACGAACAAUAAUAAUACAGUAGCCACUGGAAUAGCAACUGUUCAUUUGCCAGGAGCCCAGUGAUAAAUGAACCAUGGUAGAUCCUGACUAUGACAACAUAGAUGAGGAGACCUUUCCUCCUCUCCCACCUCCCUUCUCACCAGGAGAGGGAGGAGAUCCUUUUACAGGGGAGGAGGGCGGAGAGAUCUCCAAGUUGGCCGAAGUCCCUGCUGCCAAGAGGAGAGGCGUGAAGAGACCACAGCCUAAACUGGACUCUCAGAGGCUGACAUCAGAAAGAGGACUUCCGGCUCUUCGCACCCUGUUUGACAACGUUCAUUUCAAAGGCAAAGGACAUGAGGCUGAGGACUUACGGGUGCUGAUGCAGAGGAUGGAGAACUGGGCUCACAGGCUGUACCCCAAACUACAGUUUGAAGACUUCAUAGACAAACUGGAGACGCUAGGCGGCAAGAAAGAAGUCCAGACCUGUCUCAAGAGAAUACGGUUGGACAUGCCGUUAAUACAUGAAGACUUCAUAGGAGACGCCGGUGAGGACGACGCCGCGGUGUCGAGAGACGGACGUGUCGUCAACCAUGACGACCCAGACCCGUUUGGAGAUGGGGGUUUCGCUGAAGACCCCUCAGGACUGGUCCCCUCUACCCCAGCCGCUGCUCCCUCCCUGUUCCCUUCCUCCCAGGCUGGCCCGGUCCACUCCACCCCAGCCGCUGCUCCCUCCCUGUUCCCUUCCUCCCAGGCUGGCCCGGUCCACUCCACCCCAGCCCCCUCCCUGACAGAGGAACAGCAGAGACGUAUAGAACUCAACAAACGGCUUGCCUUAGAGCGGAGACUGGCCCGCAUGCAGCAACACACAGAUGGCUCCCAGGAGGUUACCUCCAGCCAGUCAGCAGACGGACCCUCUACCUCCCAGCCCCAGGAGAUGGCCUCCAGCCAGUCAGCAGACGGACCCUCUACCUCCCAGCCCCAGGAGAUGGCCUCCAGCCAGUCAGCAGACGGACCCUCUACCUCCCAGCCCCAGGAGAUGGCCUCCAGCCAGUCAGCAGACGGACCCUCUACCUCCCAGCCCCAGGAGAUGGCCUCCAGCCAGUCAGCAGACGGACCCUCUACCUCCCAGCCCCAGGAGAUGGCCUCCAGCCAGUCAGCAGACGGACCCUCUACCUCCCAGCCCCAGGAGAUGGCCUCCAGCCAGUCAGCAGACGGACCCUCUACCUCCCAGCCCCAGGAGAUGGCCUCCAGCCAGUCAGCAGACGGACCCUCUACCUCCCAGCCCCAGGAGAUGGCCUCCAGCCAGUCAGCAGACGGACCCUCUACCUCCCAGCCCCAGGAGAUGGCCUCCAGCCAGUCAGCAGACGGACCCUCUACCUCCCAGCCCCAGGAGAUGACCUCCAGCCAGUCAGCAGACAGACCCUCUACCUCCCAGCCCCAGGAGAUGGCCUCCAGCCAGUCAGCAGACGGACCCUCUACCUCCCAGCCCCAGGAGAUGGCCUCCAGCCAGUCAGCAGACGGACCCUCUACCUCCCAGCCCCAGGAGAUGGCCUCCAGCCAGUCAGCAGACAGACCCUCUACCUCCCAGCCCCAGGAGAUGGCCUCCAGCCAGUCAGCAGACAGACCCUCUACCUCCCAGCCCCAGGAGAUGGCCUCCAGCCAGUCAGCAGACGGACCCUCUACCUCCCAGCCCCAGGAGAUGGCCUCCAGCCAGUCAGCAGACGGACCCUCGACCAGGUCCUCCUCACACCCCUUCCCCAGCCAGCAGCAGCAGCAGGAUGAAGACCCGGACCAGGGAGACCCAGAGGACAAGGGCCAGACCGGACAGAGCUCUAAACACAGCUUCCCCUGCUGAAGCUGACUCCCUGGUGUGUGAGGGAGCAGUAGCCAGCCCCUAUACACACUGACCCAGCACUAUGGGACGCUGUCCUCUAGGACUGACAACUCAUCUGAGGAUGUUUUCUCAAUGAAGUUUAAACAAAUCUAAAACAUGGUCAUGUGUUGUCAACCAUUUUUACUCUUUAAUAAAUGUUGCCAUACGGGCCAAACAUUCUGUUGUAGAGCUCAUGUCCUGUUUCCUUUCCUUGUUGCUCUUCACAACGCCGUAGAAAACACACGACAAGCCGUAGAAAAAUAAAAUAAGUUGCUUUCUAUAAUAGACUGAUUGGCAGACAGGACAAUGUCCUCUCUCCACUAGUCUUGUGUAUUAUAACCUGUAGGAGUCUCUCUUGUUCAGAUCACUGUGUCUUGUAUUCAUGCUUUUAUUAAAACCUCUUGUCAUCAAUUCUAGCCUUUUUUCCUGUCCUAAAUAAAUAAAAUGUGAAUGUAUUUACCUGA